AAUAAAAAGACCUAAUCGUCUCUUUUCUUAACAAUGAAAUCUACAGCAGAAACAAGGCAAAGAGAAUCUCCAUCUCGAGGCUGGUUUGUUCUCAAUAAGGCGAAAAGUCUCAGCCGCUAUGAGUUCCGAUAUCAAACAAAAGAAGAAGAAAACGAAUUCAUCUCCUCCAUCAUUGUUGUCUCUUCCAGAAGAAAUCAUUGUAAACUGUCUAGCUCGAAUAUCGAAAUCGUACUAUCCAAAACUCUCCCUAGUCUGCAAGUCCUUCUGCUCUUUGCUCUUAUCCAUGGAGCUCUACGUGGCUAGACUGGAACUCGGAACACAUGAAAACGUCCUUCACGUCUGCUUUCAGUUGCCGGAUAAAACCCGUCCCUCGUGGUUUAGUCUCUGGUUAAAACCUGACCAAACCCUAACCAACAACAUCGGUAAGAAGAAGAAACAGAACUCCAGUGGUAAUACUUUGUUGGUUCCAAUACCCUCGUCCUAUUCUCCACGUGUACCGAUGUUCACAUGUGCGGUUGGUUCAGAUUUAUACGCUAUCAGCAAAUACAAUAUUACCCCGUCCUCUGUUAUGUGGGUCCGUAAUACGAGUACUUACGCGUGGCGUCAAGCCCCUAGCAUGACGGUGGCUAGAGCUAAUGCCAUUGCGUGCGUGUUUGAUGAUAAAAUUUAUGUGAUGGGAGGUUGCGUUGCGGACGAAUCCACGUGUUGGGCUGAGGUUUUCGAUCCAAAGACUCAAACAUGGGAACGGUUACCUGACCCUGGAGCUGAGCUACGCGUGUAUUCGAUUAAGAAAGUGGAGGUGAAACUAGGAAAGAUAUACGUUAGGUGCACUGAUGAGAUGGAAUGCGUUUAUGAUCCGAAAGAAGGUAAAUGGGAUAUUCCAACAAAAGAAUUUGUGAUCGAAAGUGAAUGUGACAUAGAUAAUGUAAGGUAUCGAUGUGGUCGAGAAAGUUGCUUGUGGUAUGACGUAAAGCAUGAUGAAUGGAAAGCUGUUAAGGGUUUGGCUACACUGAAUGGGAACCGUCGUUGUUGUUUUGUUGAAAUAGCUAACUACGGUGGGAAACUGUUGAUCUUGUGGGGAAAGUUUGCGCCGCCUCGUCGGCAAAACAAGAACAUUUGGUGUGCGGUGAUUGCGCUUGAAAGGCGCAACAACGGUGAUGAAGUUUGGGGAAAGGUUGAGUGGGCUAGUGUUGUGCUUACGGUUCCUCGAUCAUAUGUUUUCUUGCGAUGUGAAGUGAAACCGGUCUGAUAAAAUAUUUGUGAUCAUGCUUUUGUUUUGAGUCUGUUAAUUUGACCAUCGA